AUGGAUCACAUGUUUGUCAAGGAACCAGACAUCGACGUCAACCAACCGCAGCAACAGGAGUGCGAAUCAGUUUGGGGCAAUAUGGCACUACAGUCACCGUUCCCGCGCGACCAUACUUGGACACCACCAGCUGCACCCAACUCAUCUCAUAGCAGUCAAGUAUCGCCUCUGAGUGGACUGGUAAUGGGGCGUACUAUAGAUUCCCGAUUCCCAUACUCGGCGGCCUCGUCUUGCGAAGGGUCGUGGGCGAGUACUGCCACAGAUCGCGAAGAGGCCGAGAGAGAGCUCAACUGGGACGAGUGGGAGCAAGGGUUUGACUCUGCACCAAUUAUACCAAAGGAUGAGCCCGCGGACGAAGAAGGCGUAUCCAUGUCCGAAUUCAAAACUACCACCCUCGCAUCCACAGAGACAGGCAUCGCUGCAUCCGGCCAAAAGAGGGGAAGAGGAAGACCCAGGAAGAAUCCGGUUCCAAUACCAGCUAGUACUAAAGUCACCAAGGGGCGCUCCAAGACCGGCUGUAUUACGUGUCGCAAGAGAAAGAAGAAGUGUGACGAAUCUAAGCCUGGGUGCAUGAAUUGCGAGAAAAACUCGGUGUUGUGUGAAGGAUAUAACGAGAGGCAUAUAUGGAAGAGCGGCAAGGAGCGCGCCGAGCAAGGACGCACGAAUCGAGGGCCGCUUCCACUUGUGACACUUCCGGCACUUGUUCAGGGCUUCGACACUCUUGAAGACAAAAUAUUCUUGAGUCACUACACAAACCGUCUCAGCAACGUGCUCACAGUUGAACCGAAGUCCCAGAACGCGUUCAGACGCAUCUUGCUCACUCUCGCCAUAAGUCAUCAAGGGCUUCUACACUCUAUUUUAUCUAUCAGCAGUAUCCAUCUUGACCUGGACACUACUUGUGGUCAAGCUCUGCUACAGAAUUGCCCUGCUGUCACCAGAGAAUCACUCCAGCAACGUUCUGACUACCACACCAAGGAGGCGCGAAAUAGUCUACUAGCGGCUAUGGACAAGUGCAAGCUCCUUGAUAAAAGUAGUCAAGAGUAUCGUCUCAUAUUGGCCGCUCUUUAUGGCCAGAUUCUAUGCUUGGUGUUGCGCACCUUGAUAGAAGGCAACCCGAGAGGCGAACAUCGCAUGCAUCUGAAGGCAUAUCAAACAUUGAUACGCGAAUCGCCACCAGAGAGCGUGCAGCUUUAUACGUUUAUUACUGAAUUCUUUCAGUAUCAUAUUUUCGCCGAUGAUCUUCUAUGGCACCCGGAGAGUGAUUCGGCGCGCCUCUCGCUAGAGGAGAGCGGCAAACCCCCAAGUGAUGUCACGCCACGCCUCAUCGGUGUCACUGACGGACUCUUUCAGCACUUGCGCGACAUUACAGCAUUACGAAAUGAAAUACGCAACAAUAUGACAGCAGCAUCGGACCAACCACCUGUAAGCUACGCCGAGGUUUUCAAGGCCCACGACAUCACGCUUGCACUCCAAUCUUGGUCUCCUACCUGGUCGGAUGGCGACAACAGAGACAAGGUCGGCGCACUGUACAAGUUGGUGUUGUGGAUUUACAUUUUCCGUACAGUGUAUCCUCCAGCUGCGGGCAACGCCGACUUUCUCUUGGGGGACUCCUCUUUGUCAUCGUACAUGCAGGAGAGACGAUCAUCAAUCGCAUCCUCUACCGGCCAGCUAUCCAACGGGUAUGGCGAGGAUUUCUUUGAGACAAUGACUCCCUUCUCUCCAAUUACGUCCAGAAACAACUCUGUUCACGAGGAAGACGGCCUUCCUACGCCGGCCCCGACACAUGGGACCAGCUCAAGCCGCCCGCCUUCGCCGCCACCAUCGCGUAGGCCAUCUCAGGACGACAAGCGGGUCACGGCGUCGAUUGCCGAUGCGCUGGCCAUUCUCGAGUCGUUUGAGCCGCAUGAUCAGUGUCAAACGCUGCUCUUGAUCCCCUGCUUGCUGAUCGGCACAUCCUGCUUCGAUGCGGCGCUGCGUCCGCGAAUUCGCGCGGCGAUCCAAACCGUGCGCGAUUAUACUGGUUUGCGCAACGCAGACAGGGUGCAGGAGGUUCUGAAUGAGACGUGGGCUCUCAUGGAUAUCGGCGGCUGGGUCGCAGUAUGGGACUGGCAGGCAAUUGCCAAGCGUAAUGGGCUUGAUUUUCUUUGUACAUGA